UCGGGGCUCCUCCUCCUGCUCCUGGGCCGCCCGUGAUCGCUCCGGGGCAAGGGUUCGCCUGCGUCUAUGGCUCUACUCCUUCUCCUCCUCCUGGCCCCUCUCUCGGAAGCCGGCCCGGCGCCUCCUUUCCCCGGCCUCGCUUCGGCUCCCUCCCGGAGCUGCUCGGUGGCAUUGGAGCCCGACGAUGGGCAGCUCAAGAUCCUCAACGGCUGGAUCCCUGGCGCCGUGGCCUGGGCCAACUUGACCGAAGGGAUCCGGGAGAACGGGUGGGCCUCCUUGGAGUUAACCACCAAUGAGAAGUACAAUGACAGCAUCCAGGCCUAUGCAGCCGGUCUGGCCGAAGCCACCGUGUCUCAGCAGCUCAUCUACAUGCACUGGAUGAACACCAUGGUGGGCUAUUGUGGACCCUUCAAAUUCCAUACCGAUUACUGUCAGAAGCUGAAGAACUAUAUUGAAACCAACCUGGCCUGGAUGGAGGAGCAGAUCGAGAAAGGGGAAGGCUCCGAAUACUGGUAUCAGGUGCGCCUUGUCCUGCUGCAACUGAAGGGCCUUGAAGAUGGCUACAAUGGACGGGUGGCUUUCCCAACUGGCACGUUCUCCAUUGCCCCCUUUGGGUUUCUCUUGUUCCAGCUGGGGGGUGACUUGGAAGACCUGGAAUCAGCCUUUAACAAAUCUGGAAACCAACACGUCCUGGGCUCUGGGUCAUGCUCGGCUUUCAUCAAACUGCUGCCUGGCAACCGGGACCUCCUUGUAUCCCAUGAUACAUGGAACGGUUACCAGUCCAUGCUGCGAAUCCUCAAGAAGUAUACGUUGCCUUUCUGGACUUCGGCGCACAGUAGCACCUUGAUCCCUGGGUACAUCCAGGCUUUCUCUUCAUAUCCAGGCACUAUCUUCUCUGGUGAUGACUUCUACAUUUUGAGCAGUGGCUUGGUCUCUCUGGAAACCACCAUUGGAAACAGCAACAGCACCCUGUGGAAGUACAUUGAGGCCAAGAAUAGCGUCCUGGAAUGGCUACGCAACAUUGUGGCCAAUCGGCUUGCCAAGAGUGGAGCUGAAUGGGCAGCCAUCUUCCAGAAGUUCAACAGCGGCACAUAUAAUAACCAGUGGAUGAUUGUGGAUUAUAAAUUGUUCGUCCCAGGCAAGACGAACAUCCAGGAAGGCGUGCUCACUGUGCUGGAGCAGAUCCCGGGGAUGGUGAUUGCAGAUGACAAGACCAAAUUGCUGUAUGAAGAGAGUUACUGGGCAAGCUACAAUGUGCCGUACUUUAAAGAAAUCUUCAAUGCUAGUGGUCUUCCUCUGCUGGUGCAGAAGUAUGGUGACUGGUUCACUUAUGAAAAGAACCCCCGGGCACAGAUUUUCCGGCGCAAUCAGACCCUCGUCCGGGAUCUGGACUCUAUGAUCCGGCUCAUGAGGUUCAACAACUUCCCCAAGGAUCCACUGUCCCGCUGCCAACGCUGUGACCCACCACAGAAUGGGGAAAAUGCUAUUUCCGCCCGCUCAGAUCUCAACCCUGCCAAUGGCACGUAUCCCUUUGGGGCCCUGCGCCAGAGGCCACAUGGGGGUACUGAUAUGAAGGUCACUUCCUUUGAGAUGGCUAAGCUCUACAGUUUUGUGGCUACCAGUGGGCCUACCUGGGACGAUUUGCCUGCUUUCCAGUGGAGCUCCUCUCCCUACCACAAUCUGCUGCACAUGGGCCAUCCCGACCUUUGGAGAUUCUCUCCCAUCCAAGUCCACUGGGGUUGAUGCCUUUGCGGAUCAGACUUUUCCCAUUGUUCUGGGUUUGUAUGCUGGGGGUUCUUCUAGCUGUUGCUGUGCAGCUUUGCAUCCUCAGCUGCUCUCUUUCUUCAGAGGAGCAAUGAUGGCAUCAUUUUCAGGAAGAAGUCUUGAAAGGAUGAGAUCCGUUGGUAGUGAAGGGAUAUAAUUGGAAUUAUUCAUGUGUUGCACAGAAAACACACCAGAUUUGGAUUUUUCUGGGGAGUUUUUGUUUUGUUCUGGUGUUGCAUUUCUAACCCCCUAUAGCUACAAAAAUAUGCCUUGAAAAUACCUGUUGAUAUCUUCAAAUGGCUAAAUAACUUUUCUGGGCAUCAGAGUGAGAUAAAUUCUGAGGAGCAGGAACAAAAAAAGGGUUCCUUAAUGAAAUCCAUAGCUCUUACCCUAACUGCUGAUCAAUUUUAGCUAAACCAUGCCCCCAUGCAGAGGGCAUAGAUAUCCAUCCAAAAAUAGGUGGGGGAUGCAUCUUGUGUCCUCUGAGAACUGUGCACAGGAGGCGUGCAUUUGAAUAAGUUUUGCAAAAUAGCAACAGCAAUGCAGGUGUUUUUUUAUUUGUGGCUUUCUUACUUGCAGCGACUUCCCACUGCUAGAGAGGAUGCCUUGGUUGUUGUCGUUUGUGUCACUAUAUCAGAUUUUUAACUCUUGCAUGUCUUGGAUGGAAGGCAAACAGCUCUGAGUCUUGGGCACUAAGGAGUCCUUUCUUGGGGACGAUAAACCAAAGAGCUUACAAAAAGGUACACUCUUGAAUGAUAUCUCCCAGAACCCUCCCAAGCUUUGCCUUAACUAUCAUGGCUUCCCCAAAGUACCCUAGAAUCUUCCAUUUGGAGACAGCCAUAGCAGGAAAAGCCCAUAACUCUAUCCUGCAUCAGGUUCCAGGUUCAGUCCCUGCUACCUCCAAGUAGAUUUAAGAAAAAAUCCUCCACCUGAAACCCUGGAAAGCAUGGCCGCGCAGGGCAGGUGAUACUGGGAUAAAUAGACCCUUGACCUGGCAAUUGUCUAAGGUACUUUGUAUUUCCAGGAUGUCUUGCAUUACGCACACAUCACUAAAAUUUCCAAGGAUUCUUUUGGGAAGAACUGACAGAUUCACGCCAGUUUCUCUAGAGUUUAGAUGUGUUCCUGUUUUCUCCUCGAGGUCUUUCUGUCUCAACAAAUUGUGGAUGAUGUUACUGUUUGCCUGUGUUUCUGGGGGCGGAUGGAGGAAGUAAGUAAGUGUGUCCGCAUGUGUAAAAUGUUUGCCUUAAAAGUUACCCUCAGGCAUUAAAGGAAGGGCUGUGCUUUGGAAAAGCCAUUUUGCAGACACUGCCUUGAUUCCCAGGACUUUGUUUAGAAUGGGGAAAAUUCAGUUGAAGAUGUGCAGUGUGCCUUCCAGUCUCCACUGGCUAGCCCCCUCCAAUCCUGCCCUCUACAUGUCUGGACUCUUCGCUUGGAAAGUGAUUUGGCUCUUAGUAGCCCUCCAGGUCCAUAGGAAGCCUGUAUAUUAGGGAAGGAUUAUGCUGAUCCCAAACUGGGAUUGUUUCUAUACAUUUCUGAUGUUGGCUUGCUGGUGGGGGAAAUCUUUCAGUGCUUAAAAGUUAUGAAGGAAUCUUCUCUUGUGUUCCCCUCUCCUCUCUGAGCCAAAAAUGGAAUAGUGUCUUGAUGGCAAAUGGCCUACUGCCGUCAGUCGUGAUAUCUGAGUCCAGUGUAUGAAGGCAUUUCUGUAUCUUGUGUGAUCAAACGUUAAUGAACAUUCGAUGGUGAUGAUGAUUUGUUUUUGUCCUAGUAAAUGUCUAUGUUAACUUGU